UGUUCCUUUGUGGUGUUAGUGUCAAUGUAUUCGAAAGAAAUCCAUUUCUCUCUCUCUUUAAACAUCGUCACAUGUAAAUAGGGGGGUGGGGGAGGAGGAGAAUUCGAGUGUAACUUCCUCGGAUUUUUUUUAAAAACAAUCCUCAUCUCUUCCACCCCCACCCCCCACUUUUUUUUAAGGAAAAAUGUCGAGUGAAGAAAUCUUGUAAUCAGUGUCUGCACAGAACAAGGGAGAGGGAGCAGCUUUAACUUUCUCCUGGUCCUGCGGUGUACAGGCAACUGUUUAGAUGUAGCACCUUUACACGCUGUGAGGGACUUGGAAACUUUAAAACACACACACACACACACACACUGGCUUCAGAGAGGGGAAGGAGGAGGAGGAGGUGAACAAUUGGGAGAGAAAGAGAGACCAAAAAGAAAGGAAAUUCAUGUCAUUUGGAGAUGGAACAACGGGACAUCAGAAAGAGGCAGCUGUCAGCCCGAGUGAUUUUAUUGGUGGUAACACUGACAAUUGUCAAAGCAGAGGACGCAGUCGAUGUCUUGCAAAUACUGGACCUCCAGGACACCCUGGAUGGAGUGGUAACAGUCGCAGGAUUUUGCACACAUCGAAAAGGCUCCGAAGAGACAGAUCUUGCACUCCGGUUAGAAAACAAAACUCAUUUUAGCGCCCUGACAACGCAGUUAUUCCCAGAUGGACAUUUUCCAGAGAAUUUCUCCAUCCUAAUGACACUGAAGGCCAAGAAAAUGUCUCAGUUUUUCCUGCUGUCUAUUUACAACGACCAAGGAAUACAACAGCUCGGGGUAGAGAUUGGGCGAUCUCCUGUCUUCCUUUAUGAGGAUCAAACAGGCAAACCAACCCCUGAAGAAUACCCCAUCUUCAAAAAAAUUAACCUAGCUGAUGGCAAGUGGCACCGCCUGGCGAUCAGCGUUGAAGGGAAGAAUGUCACGCUGAUCAUUGACUGCAGCCAGCAGAUAUCUGAGCAUCUAGCUCGAAGUGACAAUCCAGAGAUCAGCACCAAUGGAAUCACCGUGUUUGGUACCAGAAUAUUGGAUGAGGAAGUGUUUGAGGGUGAUAUCCAGCAGCUGCUGCUGUCAGCAGACCCGAAAGCAGCUUACAGCUACUGUGACCGCUACAUCCCCGACUGCGACAGCCUCCUACCAUACGCCCUGCGACUCCCGGACCCCGUCUACGAGGAAGAGACAGCCACCACCCGGCCCCGCCACAAAAAGAGGAGGAAGGGUCGCAAACGCUCUAGAAAGAAGGGCAAGGGCAGAUCAAAGAAAUCGAAAAAAAACCGCAGAAAGAAGAAGAAAGAUCGGGCCGCUCGGCAAAAAAUAGAAACUUUUGGGGUUGGGGAACAGGACAAGGAGCAGCCUCAACUCGAGGAACCAGAGAAUAAUUACGAUUAUUUUCUUGGUCCGGAAUACUACACUGAUUUGGAAUCGGUCCUCCUCAACUCCUCUGUGAAUGCUGAGGUUGGAGCAGAAAACGUGACUGACCAUGAGACCAUGCAAGAGGAACUCAUUGAAGAAUCUGAAGGUCCCUUUACAAGCGAGUAUGGAAUCGGACAUUAUGGUACAGAUAUCAACGAUUACUUCGAUGGAGACUAUGAUGACCGGUGGAAUGACAGAUAUGGACCAGCUGUACGAGUUGAUAUACAAGAUACCCUGAGCAUGAAAGGAGACAAGGGGGAGAAGGGAGCGCCUGCAGUCAUUGAGCCUGGAAUGUUGCUGCCUGGACCUGCAGGACCCCAGGGACCUCAGGGUCUUCCAGGAACUCCAGGGCUGAAGGGUGUGCGUGGACAGCCUGGUAACCCAGGGCAACCGGGUCCACCUGGACGCCCUGGUCUCCCCGGGGUUGAUGGAAUACAGGGCCCUCCUGGGACCAUGCUGAUGUUGCCGUUCCAGUUUGGAGGCGAUGGUGUGAAGGGACCAGUUGUUUCACCCCAGGAAUAUCAGGCACAGUCCAUCCUUCAACAAGCAAGGCUUGCGAUGAAGGGCCCACCCGGUUCGAUAGGACUGACAGGCAGACCUGGCCCGAUGGGUCUUCCUGGUAACGAAGGUCAGAAAGGAGACGCUGGUGAGAUGGGGCCACAGGGGCCUCCAGGCAUUCCAGGACCUCUGGGACCAACAGGAAGAUCCGGACGAAGGGGACGUCCUGGGGUGAAUGGAGUCCGUGGUUUACCAGGAGAACCGGGAGUAAAGGGCAACAGAGGAUUUGACGGGCUCCCUGGAUUGCCUGGAAAUAAAGGAGACAGGGGGAACUUCGGUCCAAAGGGACCACUCGGCCCAACUGGAGAGAAUGGAGUACGGGGAGGCGACGGAUCAGUGGGACCGAGAGGCUUACCUGGUGAACCGGGACCACGAGGACUACCAGGCCCGAGGGGACACGUUGGCAUGCCCGGACAGCAGGGAAUAACAGGUGCUGAUGGUCAUCGAGGUCAGAAAGGAAACUUGGGUCCUCAAGGUGAACCUGGACCUCCAGGACAGCAAGGCAACCCAGGAGCUCAGGGUUUCCCAGGACCCCAAGGCCCCAUUGGACUUCCCGGGGAGAAGGGACCUCCAGGCAAGCAAGGUCUACCUGGUCUGAUUGGAGCAGAUGGCCCUCUGGGUCAUCCUGGUCGAGAGGGUCCUGCAGGUGAUAAGGGGAAUGCGGGUCCUGCAGGUGCACAGGGUCCAGUCGGAUAUCCUGGGGUUCGAGGUGUCAAGGGUGCUGACGGAGUCAGAGGACUGAAGGGACACAAGGGGGAGAAGGGCGAAGAUGGAUUCCCUGGUUAUAAAGGUGACAUGGGACCUAAAGGGGACAGGGGUGAAGCUGGUUUAUUGGGCCAUCGGGGUGAAGAUGGUCUAGAAGGAAUCAAGGGUCAGAUGGGUCCGAUUGGCGAGGCUGGUCCCAAUGGGCCUUCUGGUGAAAAGGGAGCCCUCGGUGUUCCUGGCCUACCUGGGUACCCAGGAAGAAAAGGUCCAAAGGGUUCCACAGGAUUCGCAGGACCUCCGGGUCUGAGUGGAGAGAAAGGCAGAAGGGGUAGAGCCGGGCCGCCUGGAGUCCGUGGACAGCGAGGACCCACUGGUGAGCGAGGUGAGAGAGGGCACAGAGGAUCCCCUGGCAAGUCUGGCCCAAAGGGAAAUGCUGGCAACGAUGGUCCACAAGGCGCCCCAGGGGAGAAGGGACCACAAGGACCUCAAGGACCCAGUGGGUUCCCAGGACCCAAAGGACCCCCGGGUCCCCCUGGAAAGGACGGGAUCCCCGGCCAUCCCGGGCAACGUGGCGAGCCUGGUUUCCAAGGCAAGACGGGACCCCCUGGCCCCCCGGGAGUUGUGGGACCCCAGGGUUCAGCUGGUGACAGUGGGCCAAUGGGGGAGAGGGGACACCCUGGAGCUCCUGGACCUCCAGGUGAACAGGGUAUCCCAGGCACCGCGGGGAAGGAAGGGGGAAAGGGAGACCCCGGUCCUUUUGGAUCUCCUGGGAAACCUGGUCCUGACGGAUUACGGGGAUUCACCGGUGCCCGGGGACUGCCAGGCGCUACAGGGCCCCCAGGACUGAAAGGAGCAGAAGGACCAAUGGGUACACCUGGACCGACGGGGUCUACAGGCGAACGUGGGCCGAAUGGUCCAGCUGGUGCUAUCGGCCUCCCUGGUCGACCUGGUCGUCCAGGGCCCCCAGGUCCUAUUGGAGAGAAAGGAGCCCCUGGUGACAAAGGCCUUCUAGGUCCUGCAGGUGACGACGGUGUCCAAGGUCCCCUGGGUUUACCAGGUCCAACUGGUUCUCAAGGACCGCCGGGAGAUUAUGGAGACAAGGGGGAGCUUGGAAAACCCGGCCAAAAAGGCAGCAAAGGAGACAAAGGCGAGGCGGGUCCCCCAGGACCCAUAGGAAUACAAGGUCCAAUUGGACACCCUGGUCCCAUUGGUUCCGACGGUGCCCCAGGUCCAAGAGGCUAUCAGGGGAUGCGCGGGCAGAAGGGUGACGAUGGCAUCCGUGGUUUGCCGGGCUCCGCUGGACCAGCUGGACUUCAGGGUCUGCCUGGUCCUCCUGGGGACAAAGGUGAAAGUGGAGACGUCGGGCCAAUGGGUCCGCCUGGUCCUUCAGGAGUAAGAGGAGCUCCAGGUGCCAAUGGUGCCUCUGGUCCUUCAGGACGCCCAGGUGGUAUGGGCUCUCCAGGAUCAGUGGGUGAAAAGGGAGAGACGGGAGAAGCUGGAGACCCAGGCACACCGGGAGAACCAGGUAUCGCUGGUCCUAAAGGCGAAAUUGGUGAGAAAGGGGACACAGGUCCGUCGGGUACAGCAGGACCUGCAGGGGUCAAAGGUCCUCCAGGUGAAGAUGGUGCUAAAGGUGGUGUGGGUCCGGCUGGUUUUCCAGGUGAUCCCGGUCCAACAGGCGAGCCAGGUAUUCCGGGAACAGAUGGUGUAGUUGGUGAAAAAGGCAGUCUUGGAGAGCCCGGCCUGAUGGGUCCACGUGGUGCAUCUGGUGAGCCGGGCCCUCAGGGAUUGCCGGGAAAGAGAGGACCACCUGGACCUCCAGGGUCAGAGGGGCGAGAGGGUCUCAAAGGUGAAAAGGGCUCUCCGGGACAGGAAGGCCCAGUGGGCAGGACUGGGCCUAUAGGCCCACAAGGGUCACCAGGCAACAUAGGACCUGAAGGCCUCAGAGGGAUACCUGGCCCUGCAGGAGAACAAGGCCUCCCUGGACCCCCUGGCCAGGCCGGACCCCCAGGCCCAAUGGGUCCUCCCGGAAUGCCUGGUCUCCGGGGUGUUCAAGGGUUAAAAGGUGACAAGGGGCACAUUGGAUUAAUCGGUUUAAUAGGGCCUCCUGGUGAGAUGGGUGAGAAGGGAGAUCGUGGCCUUCCAGGAAUCCAAGGAAUACAAGGCACCAAGGGGGAUGUGGGUCUCGCAGGUUUGAGUGGUCCCAUAGGCCCACCUGGAUCUCCUGGUUUACCAGGUCAACAGGGUUCAAAAGGUUCGAAGGGUUCUGAAGGACCAAUGGGAUUCAAAGGUGACACAGGACCCCCAGGCCUCCCAGGUCCACCUGGUCCACCAGCUGAGAUAAUACAGCCACUGCCGAUAUACAGAUCAAAGACAAGAAGGCACGCUGAGACUGAGCAAGCCGACGAUGCUGGAGGGAGUCCCCUUGACUACACGGAAGGGAUGGAGGAGGUCUUCGGCGCCCUAUCGUCACUGAAAGAUGAGGUGGAGCAGAUGAGGCGUCCCGUGGGGACGCAGAGUAACCCUGGCCGAACCUGUAAGGAGCUCCAACUCUGUCAUCCACACUUCAAGGACGGCGAUUACUGGAUUGACCCCAAUCAAGGCUGUUCCAAGGAUUCCUUUAAGGUCUUCUGUAAUUUCACCGCAGGUGGAGAAACCUGUAUUUUCCCCGACAAGAAGACUGAAGGGGUUAAAGUUGCAUCCUGGCACAGGGACAAACCUGGAACCUGGUACAGCAACUUCAAACGAGGCAAGCAGCUCAUGUACACUGACUCUGAUGGAAAUCCUGUCCACGUAGUCCAGAUGACCUUCCUGCGGCUCCUGAGUGCCACAGCCCGGCAGAGGUUCGUCUACAAUUGCCAGCAGUCCAUAGGCUGGUAUGACGCUGCUGCACAGAGCUACGAGAGAGCAGUGCGCUUCCGAGGGGCUAAUGACGAGGAGUUGUCACAGUCCAAGACCCCGUAUAUCAAUGCCAUCUAUGACGGCUGCAAACUGAGGAAGGGCUCUGACCACACUGUGCUGGAGAUUGAAUCGCCGCGUGUUGUUGACCUGCCCAUCAAAGAUGUCGCUGUGACUGACUUUGGGGAGCACCAGCAGAAGUUUGGUUUUGAGGUUGGCCCUGUUUGUUUCAACAGCUAAACUUCAGAACCGCGUGCCACACUAUUUUCUCUCUCUCUCUCAUGUUUUUCUUUGCAAAAUGCACAUUUUUUUUGUAUUCUCUCUCUUGUGUCUAUUAAUCAUGCUGCAGAUUUUUUUUUAUUGUGUGAGAAUAACAAUAAAAUAAUUCCUGCCCUUGUGGGGCCAAAGUCUUAUGACCUUUUGAAGAGGCCAAGUCAGUGGUGGUUAUCUCUGGGUCAUUCUAUAUUCCACAAUUGUUCUGCCCCCGACAGUAGAUAACUGGAGAGUCUUCUUCUGAGUAAGUCCCGAUUGUUGGAGAGGACUUGUGCACCAAAACUCCUCCCUUCAAGAGGUAUCCUUUCUCCAGUAAGAUUCAACCUUGGACCUAGUUCCUCUGUCUCCUAACACACCGGCAUUUGCAAGUGCAGUGUUAAGCCAGGAGAUGACAUUAAGGAUAUGGAGCUAGUCCCUUGACACUGGUGGGCUCACACUGUUACCUUGGUAAUGAAACUGAGAAAGCCAAAUAUGAAACUCCAACUAACACUGCGCAGGCUUCAGGCAGACAUUUUCCUGUGAACCCAUUGUAGCAAAGAAUUAAAAAUGUUCUUAAAUCAUGUAGAUUGAUCCUCUGUCGGCUAGUCUUUUUUUCGAAGAGAAAACUCUCAAACUACGUUUUGACUGCAGCAAAGUUGACUUAACCCCCUUCACCUCUUGGAUUCAGGGUCCACAAUGGAAUCUUGAGCACAACUCCUAUGUGUAACCGGGUGGUAGAUGUGCAUGGUAAUUAGCACAAGGCUCCACCCUGCUGCACGGAGAUUGACUGCACUCUGGUGUGUCCCUGCUUGCAACAGGAAACUUCUGGCAUCCAUUCAUGUAGAAACGCAGUGAGUCUGCAACCCAGGAACAGGCCAUUCGGUCCAUCAAAUGGUCAAUGCUGGCAUUUGUGGUCCACUUCAGUCUCCUACCUGCCAUAGCCCAACCCCCUCCCUUACACACACAUCCCACCCCCCAUUCCAUCCAAACCUCUUCUCUUCAUAAAAAAGCCCUUUCCUUCAGGCAUUGGCAGUGGGUAAUUGUACUCGAGAUGAAAUGGGAUGGAAUAUUCAAUCCCUGGCUACUUUGAGUCAGUUUGUGGAUCUAACUGUGCGUGAGCAUGGGCUCCAUUUCACCCCAGCCAGCUAUAUCUGCCCAUCUCGACCAACAGCAAAUCCCUCUACCUGCUGAGAAUGCUGUUCUAUCUUGGAAACUGGGCAGCCACUAUCUAAAUUUUAGAUAUUGACUCCUUCUGAGUCUUCCAAAGCUGACUCAUUGAUUCCACCGAAUAUUUUGUUUUCAGACUGCCAUGUGAUUUAACACACGACAAAUCUUGUUCUUGCAAUAUGGAGUUGACUGGGGUUUGCAAACUUGCAUCAGAGUUACUCCCGAGGGCAAAGUGACUAACUAUAGGUCAAUAUUAAACAAAAGGUGGAGUAAUUCCUUGUAAAAUUUCAACUCUGACUAAACAGCCAUCUUUUUGCAUUAAAGAAUCAAUUACUGAAUAACUUUGAUUAUAUUUUCGAUGGAGUUUGUGACAAUGUAGAACACCAUUUGGAUUCCAAUUUGGAAUUUGGAUGUUUCUUUGUGCCUUGUUCCUAUCAUCCCUCCGUUCAAACUGCCUCCUGUGUAAGUUAGUAGCAAAAGAAUCACAGGAGAGUUGAAGAGUUUUUUGUUAACAGAGUGAGUUGAGUUUUAAAACACACUUGGAGAGGCCAUGGGCCAGUGGUACAUCCUGUCAAUAGAAAGCAGUUCAAAUCCAAUCCUGCAAUUGUCACUGCAGUCUCCUCUGACCUGUAGGAGUGGUGUUGGUCCAGUUGUGUUAUCACUGGACUAUUAGUCUGGGGAUCUGGGUUCAAAUCAUGCUAGGGCAGGUAGUGGAAUGUGAAUUUGAUUAAAAAACUGAAAUUAAGGGUCAGACAACAACCAGAAAUUGAUUGUCAGUGGAACCCUAAUAUCCUUUAGGGAAGGAAACUGCUCUACACGUGACUCCAGACCCAGAGUAAAAUGGUUGACCUUUAACCGCCCUCUAAUGGCUAACGACACCCUCAUCCCACGAAUGAAUAAAUAAAGGCAAAAAAACGCUUCCUUGAAAAGGACGUGGAGACUUCCGAUACGCUAUCGGGUAACCAUUUGAGGGAGGGAAAAGAGCAUGCUGGGGUGGUGAAAAGGGCAAGAGGAGAGUGUGAGACUAAUCAGACCGCUCCUCCAAAGACCCAGCCCAGCCACAUUGGGCUGAACGGCCCCCUUCACUGGAUGAAAAGACCCCCAGGGCAAAAUAGCCCUUGUCUGGACAGAGUUCCCAUGCAUGGUGCGGCACGGUGGCUCAGU